AUGGUGCCUUUAUUUUGUGUGAUCCUUGGUCUUGUGGGCGCUCAAAAUUUCACUCAAAAGGUGUUUUAUUAUAAUCAGACUAUAGAUCACUUCCAUAUUCCUGUACAAGAAGCUGGAGUUUUCUCACAAAGAUACUAUGUGAUAGAUGAUUAUUGGAAUGUGGCUAGUGGACCGAUAUUUUUAUAUACCUUUUUGCUCCUAGAAAAUAUUAGUUUAUCGAUUUCCUUAGUUAAUUUUAAGAUAAGCGCUAUAAUGCUUCGGAUGGCUCUAUGACAUAAUUAGAUAUAUAUUUGUGUGGAGAGUCCGAAUGCAAAGGUGUAACCUCUACAACUAAGUCUUUAUUCCCAUUGCAGGUGGCUAAAGAAAAUGCCGCAAGAUAUAUAUCACUUGAGCAUCGUUAUUAUGGAGUAUCAAUCCCUAUAAACAACACUGGAUUAUUUCAACAAAUUUUCCAAUACCACGAUGUAGACCAAGCUUUAGCUGAUAUCGCUCAGUUUAUCAGGUACAUGAAUUUUCAAAUGCAAGAAAUAAGGAAAACCACCAUCCCUCCCAAAUGGGUGGUUAUAGGGGGGAGUUAUGCAGGUGCAUUAAGUGCAUGGUUCCGCACCAGGUACCCAAAUUUAGCAACAGCAGCUUGGGCAUCCUCAGCAGUUGUAAGGCCAAUAUUGGAUUUUUCAGACUUUGAUAAACAAGUUUAUAUAUCUACUGCAAAAAGCGGCCAAAACUGUGUGGAUUCUAUAAAAUCAGUCAAUAACUUGAUCCAAUCUCAAUAUAUUGCUGGAAAUAUGACAGUUAUUACUGAUCUUUUUAAUGCGACAAGUGUUUUUAGUAAUGAUCCUGACCAAAUCACAGUACUUUGGUAUAUUGCAGAUACUAUGGCAGAAAUGGUUCAGUAUGGAAAAAGAGUGGAGCUAUGCCAGGCGUUGAAUUCAGCUUCAAGUCCAUGGGACAAGCUAAAACAAGUUUCUAUUGUGGGAAACACUUAUGGACUAGCUAAUCCUAAUGCUUAUGCAGUUUCUGCACUAAAGAAUUUAAACAUUGCGCAAAAUGUAAUGGAUCGACAAUGGUGGUGGCAGCAAUGCCAGCAAUUCGGGUGACUUCAGACUCCUUCAGAGUAUCAAAUGAGGCCUUCUUAUUUAAAUAUGACGUUUUGGAACUGGUAUUGCCAACAAAUUUAUUCGUAUCCAGGAGGGAUAACACUGCCAAACACCAAUAUUACUGCAGCUGGGCUAAGCUAUAAAGCUAAUAAUAUUGUAUAUACAAAUGGAAGUGAAGAUCCAUGGCAAUGGGCCAGUAACAAUGCAGUAAGCACUGAGGCGAGGCCUAUCCUCAAAAUUGAAUGCGAUUUCUGUGGGCACUGCAUAGAUUUUAAAACUCCUAACUCCACAGACCCAGCCUCAUUAACUCGAGCCAGGACUUAUAUAAAAGCUUAUAUAGCGCAAUGGCUCAGAUCAUAA